AUGGAUCCGUUGAAGUACAUUUUCCAGAAAACAAUGCCGACCGGAAAGUUGGCCAAAUGGCAGAUGCUUUUGAGUGAAUUUGAUAUUGUGUAUGUGACUCAGAAGGCGAUAAAAGCACUGGCCUUGGCUGAUCACUCACAGAAAAUCCCGUUGAUCAAGAGUAUGAACCGCUCAAGACUUAUUUUCACGAUGAAGAAGUAUCAUUUAUGGGUGAAGAUAUUUUUGAAACGUAUCCUGGCUAGAGAUUAUUCUUUGAUGGAGCGGCUAAUCACCAAGGAAAAGAACUAUUUGUACAAUCCACCGGUAUUGGUUCCUCUGCGAGAUGGGAGUCCACUGUUACUGCAUUUUUCCAUCUCAGAUAACGCAUUUGGAUGCGUGCUUGGGCAGCAUGACGAAACAGGGAAGAAGGAGCGAGCCAUCUAUUAUAUUAGCAAGAAGUUCACGCCAUAUGAGUCUCGUUACACUCUUUUGGAGAGGACAUGUUGUGGUUUGACUUGGAUUGCUCAGAAAUUGAGGCAUUAUUUGUCUUCUUAUACUACAUAUCUCAUCUGCAGAAUAGAUCUGUUGAAGUAUAUUUUCCAUAAAGCGAUGCCGACCGAAAAGUUGGCCAAAUGGCAGAUGCUUUUGAGUGAAUUUGAUAUUGUGUAUGUGACUCAGAAGGCGAUAAAAGCACAGGCAUUGGCUGAUCAUCUCGCAGAAAAUCCCAUUGAUGAAGAAGUGGCAAAUCACCAAGGAAAGGGUAUCAGAGCGGUCUUAGUGUCAGAAUCUGGUCAGCACUAUCCUAUGGCGGAUGCUUGUGCCUUUGGUUUGAAAAUGGCCAUAGUAAUGAAUGUCCACGAGCUGUUGGUUAUUGGAGAUUCAGAUUUAUUAAUUCAAAAGGUUCAAGCAGAAUGGGCCGUGAAGAAGCCGAAUAUCACGCCAUACGUGCAAUAUAUACAGACGUUGUGCAGAAGAUUUCGUAAGAUUGAGUUCAGACAUACUCCUAGAACACAGAAUGAGUUGGCUGAUGCUCUUACCACCAUUGCCUCAAUGAUUUAA